AUUAGGUAAUGCUCGAGUUUCCAAAGGUUUCCUGGGAAGACGUGGGUGGCCAAGCUGAAGUCAAGAAACAGUUAAUUGAGGCUAUUCAAUGGCCACAAAUAUGUCCAGAUGCUUUCAGGAGAAUAGGAAUACGUCCACCAAGGGGUCUAUUAAUGAUUGGUCCACCUGGUUGUAGUAAAACAUUGAUGGCUCGAGCUGCUGCUUCAGAAGCAAAACUUAAUUUUCUUGCAGUCAAGGGACCUGAGCUCUUCAGCAAAUGGGUCGGGGAAUCAGAGAAGGCUGUGAAAUCGUUGUUUGCAAAGGCUAGAGCUAAUGCUCCAGCAAUUAUAUUUUUUGAUGAAAUAGAUGGCCUUGCAAUAACUCGUGGCCAGGAUGGUGAUGGCACUUCUGUUGCUGAUAGAGUACUCAGUCAGUUGCUUGUAGAAAUGGAUGGUUUGGACCAAAGAGUUGCUGUUACUGUUAUUGCAGCUACUAAUCGUCCUGACAAGAUUGACCACGCCCUUCUGAGACCAGGACGCUUUGAUAGGUUGUUAGAUGUCCAGCCACCAAAUGAAGCUGAUCGCAAAGAUAUAUUUUGCAUUCAUAUGCGGAGCAUGCCCUGCAGUUCUGAUGUCUGCAAAGAGGAGCUUGCUCGUCUCACUGAAGGCUAUACUGGGGCAGACAUUAAAUUGAUAUGCAGGGAAGCUGCUAUCGCUGCAUUAGAAGAGAGCCUGGAGGCAGUUGAAGUAUCUACGGCUCAUUUUAAAAUUGGAAUAGGAAGGGUGCAACCAUCAAAUAUCCAAUUCUACCAAGAGCUAGCAGCCCAGUUUCGGAGGCUAGUUGACAGCAAAGCAAACAGGGAUGAGUGACACUCUUUAGAUGACAGGAAAUGAGAGGUUAAAGAUGUUGAAAAUGACAAAGAAUUGCUCGAAAUUUUUGGAAGAACUCGUCACCAGGAAGCUUGGCAUUAAUUCUGCAAAAGGCUCGAGAUAUACACUCUCGAUAGGAGCUUUUCACAUGAAAAUGCUACACGAGCAAUUUUGGGUGAUUGAGCUAGAAAAUGAUAGUCAUUUAUAAUGUUUGUCGGUAUUAGUUUGUGAAGCCUACAUGCAAAUCUGUGAUGUUGCCUACUUUGGAAUUAUGUGUAUGAUUUAAAAGAUUCAAUUGAUCAGUGCAUUUGGAUUUAUUAUUAUUAUUAUUUUUUUCUGUUAA